GGACCCUACCACAUGGGUAGAGACGGUGAGGUACGAGAGGAGCUUGAAAAGUUUGGAAGGAUCGAAGAGGUUCUCUACGUGAAGGAAGCAGUUGGGCUGUCGAGCGGCCACUGGUACAAGUGCCCCAACGGCCACUUCUACGUGAUCGGGGACUGCGGCGGCGCCAUGCAGGAGUCGGUGUGCAACGAGUGCAAAGCCACCAUCGGCGGCACAAACCACAGACUCCGCAGCGACAACGCCUUGGCAAGAGAGCUGGGGGCGACCGCUCCGGCCUGGCCACAGUGAUGGGUUCACUGGGAUAGUUUCUCUGCACAUCCCGUCUUAUUUAUUUCAGAGAUCAAGUGCAAGCUGGUGUUUCUCUCCUUACCAACAUGGCCUUGUCUAUUUUAGAGCGUGUUUUUAAACAUUUUGAAGUACGUUUUAAUUUUAUACGUGGCAUUUAUAAUUUUAGGAAGCCGAUAAGCAUGUUUGUCUAAUUGAAGUCUCAGCUUCCUCUAGAUCUGUAGAAACGACUUUUGUAAAUUCGUUGAUUCGAUUCGCUUGGUCUUUAAAAAUAUGAAGUCCCGAUGUUUCAAUAUUUGUAUCGUCAAGUCGGAUAUACGGCAAAACUGAGGAAUUUCUUUUACACGACCUUUUAAAUUUCUGUCUUAUUUUUACUUUGUAAGCUUCUGUAGUAGUUUGGUAUUGUAAUACCUUUUAAGGUUAUGAUUAGUGAUGUCCACGUU